AUGGAUCGAUAUGAUCGGGUCCCCGAGAUUUUCAACGCGACUCUUGGCUUCCAGGACAUUUUCGUCGUGAGCUUGGCCGCGCGAACCGACCGGCGCGAUGCGAUGUCCUUGAUGGCGGCGGCGACGGGCCUGCGCCUGACCUUUGUCGACGGGGUCAGGGGUGCGGAUAUCCUGGAGAAGGCGCUGCCGCCGGGGCGGAGGAAUAAGAAUAUACAGAUCGUCCAAGAAAACAUAACGAGCGCGCUCAUCCUCGAGGACGACCUGGACUGGGACGUCCGCGUCAAGGAGCAGUUCCAGACCUUUGCCUCGGCCUCGCAAAAGAUGACGCAGCCGCUCCGCAACGGCCCGGGCGACACCCUCUCGAGCUUAUACCCACCCGACGCCGAGGCAGCCGACCAAGGACCAGCGGCGCUCGUGAUGCGGGACACCUCGGCGGUAGAGCCUGCUCAGCUGUCGGCCUACGGGGACGACUGGGACGUGCUCUGGCUCGGACACACGGGCGGGGAGCUACCCUCCGACUACGCGACCCUCAAGCAAAACGCCGACCGGCCCCCGUCGUCCGUGCUCACGCUGCUGAUCCCCGACGACGAGACCGUGCCGGUGCCCAAGCACGUCAAGCGACACCCCUGGGCCAAGAGGACGGAGCGGUUCGCCUCCCUGCUCGCAGGCGUACGCCGUCAGCCUCCGGGCGCGCGGCGGCUGCUGUACCAGUUCGGCGUGGAGGGGCUCACGGACCUCUGGGACAUUUCGCUGCGGGACUUUUGCGAGGGCGUGUUUCUUCGCGGGGGAAGAAGGCGAGACUAG